UUUCCCAGUAAGUCCCUCCCACUGUACCCAACGUAGUUCGGUAAAAGGACGGUACAAAGGAACUCAACGUUUAGCAGCUGCUUAAGCACGGAUAAACUCAUGAACAGCAACGGAAUCAAAUAAAAUGUCUACAAACUUCUCAAGCUACCUUUUGACAAGCAUCAUUCUAUUCUCAGAAUUAGUGCAUGGAUCUGUGCCGGAACCUAAACAUGUAACAGUUUCUUCAGUGAACUUGGGUGCCGUUCUCUUGUGGGAUCCCGUCACCUCUGAAGACAAUGUCACCUACACAGCAGAGUUUGCAAGAGCAUACAAUGAAAAUCACUACAUCCAAGUGUGUCAAAAUAUCAGAGAAACAAAAUGUGAUUUCACUGGAAACAUCUCUGCUUUUGGCAUAUUCCACUUCCGUGUGAAGUCUGUUCGGCAGGGCAAUGCAUCCCAGUGGGUUUAUGUGAAGGCUUUUGCAGCAGACCUACACACACGCAUCGGGCCUCCCUCGGAUGUGAAGUUAAAAUCCAGAUCUGGGUUUCUGGAUAUCAACAUUUCAGAUCCGCUGAUGAAAAUAAAGGACAAGACUUUACAUAACACUUUUUCUAACGUUUUAUAUUUGGUUAGUUACUGGAAAAACACGUCAAGAGAGGAGGUCAAGACCAUUAGAAGUGAGCAAACAUUCUUAGUCCUGCAAAACCUGGAACCCUGGAGUACAUACUGUGUUCAGGUUCAGAUAUCUGUUUCAUUCAACAACACUGGGGAGCCCAGUAGACCAGUCUGCGAGAAAAGCACCAGUGAGGGUAAGACUCCUGGAUGGAUGAUUGCUGUCAUCCUGAUUUGCAGUUUGGUAGCAGUUGCUGCUGUCAUACUUUUCCUCUUCUUUGUUGGAUUCUAUACUUACAAAACAGUGCACUUUAUCUUUCCUUCCUGCAACCUCCCGGAGCACUACAAAGAGCUGCUGACAACAACUCCCAAUGCCUAUGCAUUCCUGGACAUACAAAACAACAAAGAGCUGGAUGAGGUCUUCGAUGAGAUCAGCAUUGUAUUGGAGCAGCCAGCAUCUCCCAUUGAGGCCAUGAAAACAGAGCAGGAGAGCAAGGAAAACCUGGAAGAACAGCCACUAGUGGAGGGGAAAGACGAUCCGGAAUUCAGAAAGGACAUACCACACUAUGGGAAUUUGAAUUAGCCUUUUUGUCUGGAUUACCAAUGCUCUAUCCUGAUAUUUACCACCUUGAGCUGGUUAUCAUCAUGUUUUUAGUGGUCCUUUCCACGGAUAUAUGUAGCAAAGACCUGUCUACCUUUCAACCAUAUUGGCAAGUGAUUCUUUACUCCAGUGAAGCGGGACCGGACUACUGUAGCAUCCUUCGUCUGAUAGGGUAUUAUUUUCUACCAAAGAUUUUCAAAUUCGGCUGUAAGUGGUGCAUGACACAGCAUUUUACAGACAUGGAAACUUUUAUAUUUGGCAGUGCUGCCAGCACCAUACCACCUCCCCUAUCUCAAUGUCCCAUAUCUCUUAUGACACAGCUAACUUGUAUCAUUGCUGCAGUUUUCUCAGUGAUGCUUGAAUUCAAUUUAAUAUAUUUUUUUUUUUUUUUUUUUUUUUUUUAAAGGCCAAACCCUCACAAACUUAAUGGGCUAAACAUUACACAGAACAAUAAUUAAACUGCUCUAUUAAAUUCUUUAUUUCUAGUUUUAUACCGUUAACAAUUGUUUUAUUUAUCUUUAAAAGUCUUUCAGCUGAUACUGUACUGUUGCCAAACCCUCAUGACUGAGGUGAUUCUACCAUUUGUUAUUUAUGUACAUCCUGUGGAAUCUUGCCACAUUUUUUUUCAAGGAAAAAGAGGAACUUGAUAGAGCAGAGUCUGACCUCAUAAAAUGCAAGUUCCGCAACAUGGAAGCAGGCGCAAGUCUCACAGCUUAGAAGAGUUUCUUUAUUUUUAUUUUUAUUUUUUUAUGUUUAUACAGGUUUCUUCAUAUUCUCAAGCUGUUAUAUUCCCUGUCUGAGGCAGAAUGGCGAAUUACUCAGUUUGCUUAAGGCCCUAUUCAGAACAGUGUGAUUUGUAACAUCAAAAACAAAACUGAAAAGUCCUGCUUCUUAUAAUUUUCAAAACUGCUAUUUGCCGGAAAACUGACAACACUGAGGCUGCAAAUACAUUUACAGAUAAGGGAAGUGCAAGUUUAACCCUGUAUUCUCAGUAGGAGGAGAUAUGAAGCUAGGCUUACAAAAAGGUCUCUAGCUUGGUGAGGUUCAUUCUUAUUUGUUAUUUGUCAUUCUUAUUUGUUGUUUACACAAUUGUACUUGAAAGGAUUAAAAAGUGAAAUUGUAGGACAUUAAUGAUUGAAUUACAGGGAUGUAGUAUAGGUGAUAAUAUGAAGUAAUGAUGUAAGAACAAAAACUGUAGAAAAAUAUAUAUUUAAGAUUCAUUUUAAUCCAACUGCUGUAGUCUGUUCAGGUCUGAGUCUGCAAAGAUUGGUAAAUAAAGUCUUUUACAUGUGUUA